AUGGGAAAAUUCAUUGGUUUAACCGAUCCUGACGAUCAUGUCAGAGUAUUCACAAGUGUUGGUUGUAUGGGAGGAUGGAAUAUGCCAAUGUGGUGUCAUUUGUUUAUCCAGACGCUUACUGGGGCUGCUCGUGCCUGGUUUUAUAGCCUCCCGCCUGGAAAAAUCAGUUCAUGGGUUGAUUUCAAAACACAAUUUGUAAACCACUUCAGCCAGCAGAGAAGCUAUCAACGAGAUACGUCUGAAGUAACUGAUAUUUGGCGCAGAGAAAAUGAAGGUCUGGAAGACUUCAUUACACGAUUUAACAAGGAAUGUUUGGAAAUUGGCGGUGUAGGCGAACAACUCAUGCGCGCUCACUUCAAGAAAGCCAUUCGUUGUGAUAGUCUCAUCAGAACUAUCACCGGCAAAGACGGCAUGCCCAAAGAAUGGGACAAGGUGAUGGAAGCCGCAAAAAUAGUAGCGCAAACAAAAGAGUCGCUAGCUGGAGCCAAGAGCUCAUACACCGACGAUCGCUUUUCCAAGAAGAGCUCGCGCAACUAUGAUAAGCGCAACAAAAGCAAAGGUCAAGAUUGCAAAUCCGGAAAACCAAGGGGUUAUGAGGAGAGGCCGCGCUAUAGAGAGGAUGCGCGAGAGACAAUUGAUAGAAUUGGGUAUCGAAAAAGCAGUCAGGGAUGA